GGCUGCAAGUAGGUAAGUACGUUGCAUGUUGGCGGGCUUGCCAUCUUCUCGAAGUUGACAUUACAGUAAGUAGCGACAGUAGGAGGGACCUACUCAGGUACUUCCCAAUGCCAGGCAUCAAAAUUGUCCGAACAUUCUACACGAUCAGAGAACAAAACAGAAUGAAUGAAACGAAGUUAUUAAGCUCAGCUCAAGUACACUCACUACUUAAGUACCUAUGUAGGUAGGUACCUAAGUAAGACAAUGUGCUAAGCACCGCUACGAGCCCGCCCAAUCGCUUGGCUGAUUGGCUAGGCCAAGGGUCGCCAUUGGCUCUAUUGCCGUUGCUUCGGCGCACGGGUUGUGCAACUACACCUGGUAACAUCGAUCCAUUCACUCAUUUCAACACUCCAUAUUGCUGCUCUCACUGGUACUGCUUCCUUCAUUGUCGGCUGGAUUGUGUAUUCCUUAUUAUCCCCAUCCGAUCGGCCAUGUCAAUGAGGCGAUGGACAGUCGCAUACCCCGACCGCGACAUAUCGUGAUCAUAGGGGGAGGUAUAAUCGGUACCACCACGGCUUACUACCUAACGCGCCACCCGUCCUUCAACCCCCUGAUUCACCACAUCACUCUCCUCGAGGCUACCUCCAUCGCCGCUGGCGCCUCGGGGAAAGCUGGAGGGCUUAUCGGGCUUUGGGCGUAUCCCAUGUGCAUAGUCCCUCUCUCGUACCGUUUGCAUGCCGAGCUGGCAGCUGAGCACGGCGGCCCCGCUAGAUGGGGAUACCGGCGACUUGAAUGCGUUCAGAUCGCUGCUACCGUGAAGGGCAAAAAUUCAAGAUCAAGGGCGAAGUCCAAGGCGAGGAAAUCCACCUCGAGCAAAGCAAAGCGAGCAAACCAACAGGAAAAUACGCCAAGUAUUCAGCAGGUGCAACUAGAACAUGUUAUACCACAGCCCUACCAAGGCGCUCCGGCGCUUUCAUCUGGCACCGAACAAUUGCAGCGGAUUUCGGAUCUAUCGCAAGCGACCGAGGGGAAAGACUGGCAAAAGUUGCCUAAGCAAGACCAAGCCGCGACAACGUUGUUGCGCCAAUCGGUGCUUCCUGCAGACCUCACUUGGAUCGAUAGCGAGCUCGUAGAAGAAUAUGCUGAAAUGGGAUUAGAGGGAUAUACCGAGACAGCGCAGGUACAUCCGCACCAGUUUACGACAUCCAUGGCAGAUUUAGCACAUGCUGCCGGCGUAGAUAUCCGGCUGAAUGCGAAGGUGACCAAGAUAGGGUUAAGUCGUGGUAGUGUGAAAUUUGUCGAGUAUGUUGAUCGAGUGACAGGACUGCCACGCACGAUGCCUGGCGUGACAGAUGUCGUGGUUGCAGCAGGUCCGUGGUGUAGUAGCUUGCUACCACAGACGAAAGUAGAGGGCUUGCGCGCCCACAGUGUUGUUUUCGAGGCGGAUGUGACGCCGUAUGCAGUAUUCACAAACAUAUCGCUACCAGCGAAUUGGAUCCCACCGCACCGGCAGCGCCGAGUGCACAAUGGCCACGUAGACCCGGAGAUGUAUGCACGACCAGGCGAAGUUUAUGCCUGCGGAGAAUGUGAUCCUACCGUCCCGCUUCCCGAGACGGCCGAUUUGGUCGAUGUCGACGCGGCGCAGUGUGAUGACAUGGUUGCCUACAUCGGCACCGUAAGCACAACCCUCAAAGCAGCACCCGUCACUGCCAAACAAGCUUGCUACAUGCCUCGACACAUGCGCCCUGGACAGGAGAGUACUCCUCUCGUGGGUGGUACAGCCGUCGAGGGACUAUGGGUUGCGGCAGGUCAUACAUGUUGGGGUAUCCAGAAUGGGCCUGCGACAGGGAAGCUGAUGAGCGAGUUCAUCUUCGAGGGUGCCGCGAAAAGCGCAGAUGUCGCUGAGCUAGACCCCAGGCAAUUUGGUAUAUAAUCUUCGCUUCAUCAUAGAAGCCCACAGCUUAGCGCAUGAUAUAAACAUCCGUAUAAUAAAACAUAAUAAGAAUCGUUCUCACAAUAGUCAAUCCCGAUCGCAACGCCAACACAAGAACGAGUAUGUUUAAGAUACAGUCGUCUAUCUAAGGGAAGGUAUAUCAUAAGAGUAAUAUCAUUCUUCCUUUUCUUUGGUUGCAGCU